AUGUCUACCCAACAAACAGUCCACGCUCGCUCCCUGCACUCCCCCGAAAGCUUUUGGUCGUAUCACGCGACCCAGCUGCACUGGCACAAGGAGCCCUCGCAGACGCUCGUCCGACGCCCCAAGACUCUACCUAGCGGGGUCACGCACGAGCACUGGUCCUGGUUCCCCGAUGGCGAGAUCUCCACGACGUACAACUGCGUGGAUCGGCAUGUGGCGGCUGGCCGCGGGGAGAACGUGGCGAUUAUCUGGGACUCGCCGGUGACGGGCGUCAAGGAGAAGUAUACAUACAGCCAAUUGCUGGAUGAAGUGGAGGUGCUGGCUGGCGUGUUGAGGGAGGAAGGGGUGAGGAAGGGAGAUGUGGUGAUCAUCUACAUGCCUAUGAUUCCCGCGGCGCUGAUUGCAGCGCUAGCCAUCACCCGGCUGGGGGCCAUCCAUUCGGCCGUGUUCGGCGGUUUCGCAGCCAAGUCGCUUGCGCAGCGGAUUGAGGCCGCGAAGCCGCGAGUGAUCAUGACGGCCUCGUGCGGGAUUGAAGGGUCCAAGGGCCCGGUGUCGUAUCGGCCGCUGGUCGAGGGGGCCAUUGCGGCGAGCAGCUUCAAGCCGUCCAAGACGAUUAUCUGGCAGCGGAACCAGCUGCGGUGGAACAAUCCGGAUAAGAUGGGCGGGCAGCGCAACUGGCAGCGGCUGGUCAAGAGCGCUCGGAUGCGCGGAGUCAAGGCGGGCCCGGUGCCGGUCAAGAGCACGGAUGGGCUGUAUAUUAUAUAUACGAGUGGGACGACUGGAUUGCCGAAAGGAGUCUUCCGAGAAGCAGGGGGACACGCGGUAGGGCUCCAUCUGUCCAUCAAGUAUCUGUUUGAUAUCCACGGGCCAGGCGACGUCAUGUUCUGCGCCUCAGAUAUCGGAUGGGUGGUCGGUCACUCGUAUAUUCUGUAUGCACCGUUGCUGGUGGGUGCCACGACGGUCCUGUUCGAAGGAAAGCCGGUGGGGACACCUGACGCAGGCACCUUCUGGCGGAUUGUCGAGGAGCACAAGGUCAAGGUGCUCUUUACGGCGCCGACGGCCAUUCGGGCAAUCCGCAAGGACGAUCCGGACAACAGGUACUUCCUGCAGGUUGCGCGCCGCGGGGGACUGAGGCACCUGAAAGCUCUAUUUCUCGCUGGCGAGAGAAGCGAACCGAGCAUCGUCCAGGCGUAUCAAGCGCUCUUGACCCAGCAUGCGGCACCGGGGGCCAUGGUGAUCGAUAACUGGUGGUCGUCCGAAUCCGGAUCCCCCAUCUCCGGAUUAGCGCUGAACAGCGCAGCAGGCCUGGUGGACAAGCGGCAACUGAAUCAGGAUUCCAAACCGCUAGCCGUUCGACCUGGAUCAGCCGGACUGCCGAUGCCCGGAUUUGACGUUCGCGUCGUCGACGAUGAAGGCCGGGAGGUGCCGCGCGGGACGAUGGGGAACAUAGUCAUGGCGAUGCCCUUGGCCCCGACGGCGUUUACCAGCUUAUUCAAUGACGACGAGCGGUUCUACAAGGGAUACCUCAAACGGUUCAAUGGCCGAUGGGUCGACACUGGCGACGCAGGCAUGAUCGACGAGCAUGGGUACAUCCACAUCAUGUCGCGGUCCGAUGACAUCAUCAACGUUGCCGCGCACCGGUUCAGCACGGGGGCCAUUGAGCAAGCCAUCCUGUCGCACCCGGACAUUGGCGAAGCCAGCGUCGUAGGUAUGCCGGACCCGCUCAAGGGCCAUCUCCCCUUUGCAUUCAUCCAGCCGCGGGGGUCGGGACCGCUUCCUGCCCGGCCCAGCGCGGAGCUCUUUCAGGCUGUGAAUCAGCUGCGGCAAGACGCUGCGACGGGUGCUGCGCGAGUUGGUGGAGAAUGGGGUGCGGGGGAGUUUGACGCUCCUGUGAACGUUCCGCCGACGGUGGAGGAUGCAGAGGUGGUGGAGGUUGCGCGGGAGAGGGUACGAGAAUACUUUGCCGCCAAGGCGAAGUUAUAA